AUGACUGAGUUCAGUGCACAGACACUGUUUGAAAAAAGCAAGGCCGACCCUUCCCUCCUCGACGCCCUCCUGGAGGAACCUCAAACACUUGAGGAGAUCGUCGCGACCUGCAACUCUGGCGAAGAAGCCGCCUGCAAGUUGGUGUGCAAUAUGUGCAGCAGACCUGCAGCUGAGAAUCUCCGACGGAUAUGUAUAGAGCAGGACGUCAUUGGGAAGUGUAUAGAGGCACCGAGCAAGGCUAGAGUGUCCCUCCUGAGGGCUCUCAUUACGGGAAAUGAAAAGUGUGGGGAGAUGCUGUAUGAGGAACUGGGCGGGAGCUCAGAAAAACUGUAUUGGCUGAUAUCAAGCACUGCCACGACGGGUGAUCGGGCGUGGCUACUAUUGUUGAACUUUGGACAUCUGUGGAAGUGUUAUCCUGAUGGUCUCCCUCUACUGCUCUAUCUCACUCUUGCUAAUGACAUUGGCAACGCUGAUGCCGCGCCGGGGGAGGAGGUCGACGUGAGCCGCUACGCAGUCACCCUGCUUACGGGUACACUGCUGGACAGACUGACAGAUAUAGUGAAGGCGUGGAUGCGGCUGACCCCUGAAGAGUUGCAGAAUUUCAUAAUGCGAGCCUAUGCUGACACUGACACUCUGAAUGGAUCGGCAGAGGGGCCUGUGAAUCUCAAGUCGAUGCCGAGCCAAUCGACGGUGAUAUCUUUCUUACUGCGUAUCAUGCAACAGAUAGUGGAUAGGGAUAACUACGAGAAGAUCUCUGACUGUGUGGCGACCUUGUUGGUCAUGGCCUACGCCUAUUUCGAAGCGGUGUGUCAUCUACCAAGGCAGGGCCUCAAUACUAUGGUAGAAGACCAUAGGGAGGAUCUUGGAGGGCUUGGCGAUGCUUAUCACGAGGUCUUUGAUGACCCCCAAGGGCUGGCCGAAGUAUAUGCCCAGGUUAUGACUGAUUUGCUCAGUGUAGCUAACCAUCUGGCCCUCAGCGAGUAUCGUGAUCGAGAUAGAAUAUCUCAGCUUGACAAAGCAGGAGUCUUCUUUUCUCUGGGACUCCUCCGUGGUGUGCAUUUCGUGCGCUUUCCGCAGCUAUUGGGGAAGGAUGAUGUGACGCUGCCGGACACAGUCCGACCCGAUGAUGUUUAUAAGUCUUCGAGGAGCGAAGCUUUCACGUUCAUCUGCGACCACAUACCCGCGGCCACUAUACUCCGUCUUGUGGCCAAUUGUCUCGCUAACUCCCCCGUUGCCCAGGAUAACCUCAUCCACUACGACAAGCGCCUCAUACCGACCCUCCUCUCGCACUGCAUUGUGGACCCCCGGGUGCCACUGCUCCGCGAGGGAGCUGUUUUCGCUGUGCAAUGCGCAACUGCGGGAAAUGCAGAAAUGCAGACCCUGAUUGGAGACGCCUUGGGUAAAGGAGAAUCGAAGAAUUGGGCAGCACGAGAGCACAUGCGUUUCGUUGAAGCUCCGAUAAGCAAGAAGGCGCCCGAAGAAUCUUAG